AUCUUCUCCCAAGUCCAGACCACCGGUGUUUUUUAAGCCAGUCGCCACCAGGGGGCACUGACGGUCGCUCUUUCCCAAGCCAAUCUGGGGGCGCUGUGGAGAACCGCCCCUCAGCACUGGAGGCGAAGCUCAACCGGCUGGAGCAUGGCAGGUCGUCGGUAUCCUUCCCUGCGGUGAAUGACAGCUCACAACCUGGCAAACAGCAUGUGUUCAAUGAGUAUCCUUUUUCUUUUCUUUUUUUUUUCUUUCCUUGUCGGUGCUGGGCAUUGAACCCAGGACCUUGUACAUGCUAGGCAAGCGCUCCACCUUGAGCUACAUCACACCCCUAAGAAAUAACCUUUUGAGUGGCUGAGCACACACGUUAGUGAGGCCCAGGAAGAGGCUUGGCCCUGCGAGGGCACGAACAGAGGCAACGCCUUGCUUGGCCCGGACCCCUACCCUCUCUACCACACCCAGAUUUACAUCGGAUUAGCCACUCCCAUCCUGCAACCCCUCCCUCCUCCUCAAAGGCUGGGUCCCCCACCCCGCAGCCCGGGGAGGGAAUGUUGUAUCUUUGGUUACCCAGGCAACCGGGGCUGCUCCGCCACUGCCUCCUGGGAGUCCGAGCUGGUGGCUGCUUCCCGGACUGCCCCAGGGCCUCCCCGCUUUUGCAAAUGCAGCCUGGGGCAACUGCAGGGGCCAUGGCGGUGCCCUGGGAGGAAUAUUUCCGACUGGUCUGGCAGGAGAAAAUGCCGAAGAGGCAGGAGCAGAGCGUGGACCGCUUCCCACCCGUGCUGCGGCUCCUGGAGAAGAGGCAGGAGCUGGCGGAUGUGGACCGGGGUCUGCAGGCCCAGAAAGAGGAGUUCCACACCACCAUGGCGGCCCUGCAGCACCGCUGGACACAGCUGGAGCAGAAAGAACAGGAGCUGAAGGGGUCCUUGGGCCGCUUCGACAAGUUCCUGCAGGAUGCCGAGGCCCGGCGCGGCCGCGCGCUGCGGAGGGCAGUGGAGGAGCGGGAGCGCGCGGGCCGGCGGGAGGCCGAGGGGGGCGCCGGGAGCCCUGCGCGCGUCUGUUGGAGCGCGUGCUGGAGCAGCUACCCGAGUUCCAGGAGGUCCCCGAGCUGGUGGCGCGCUUCGAGGGCUUGGCGGACACGCGGGACGCGCUGCGGCAGGCCGAGCGCGAGCGGCGAGCGGAGCUGGAGGCGGCGCGCGCGGGGCUGCAGCGGCUGCGGGAUGCGGGACAGGACGAGCUGCUGGCGCUGAGUCGGCGGCGCGCUGAGCUGCAGCAGCGGCUGGAGGAGGCGCGGGAGCGCAGGCUGCGGUGGGAAUCCAGGUGGAUUCAGAUCCAGAGCACCGCGGCGGAGAAGACCUUGCUCCUGGGGCGCGCGAGGAUGUCGGCGCUCAACCUGUCCCAGCUGGUGAGCCAGCACCAACGGCAGCCGCCCGUCCUGGACGUGGAGGACACGGAGGGGCAGCUGGAGCAGGAAGGUGAGAGUGCCUGCCCGUGCUGCUGUGGGGCUGACAGAGGGAAACACACAGGCUCCCCGUACACACAGGUCAGGGCAGCAACGAAGACAGGGGUUGUGCGUCCCACAGCUUGCCCACCGUGGGACCUGGGGCCACGCCCUCCCCCCAGCGGGUGGGACAGACAGGUGUGUGGGUCCCAGAGCGGCUCAGGGGCAGCCCCACAGCAAACUCGAGCAGGGUGUUCAGCAGGCGGGCCGCGGUGCAGAGGAAGUCUGUGCCUGGUCCCAAGACCGCUGCGGGACUCUGCUGGGGGAUGGGCCUGCCCUGGGGUCCAGCCGCUGGGUCACUGUGACCUAGGAACCUGAAGCAAGACACAGGCCACCAGGACCCCAACAGAGCCGUCCUCAGGGGACCCAGGGGAUGGUGGGGGCAUAGCCCAAAGACACUGUACUCCUGGUCUACCAGAGAUGCUCAAUAAAGGUUUAUUUAUUAAAAA